GGCGACCAGCCCUCCCCUCAGUUCUCCAAGCUCGGAGUCAGACCCCUCGCUGCAGAUGUAAGGAGCUUCUUACCAAGUCCAAAGAUCAGAGUCAACGUUUCCUCAGAAAGAGCGGAAAAUGCCGAGCCCGUCGCAGUCUCCCUGAAGGCCACGGCACAGCGACGGCAGCUGCACGGUCCUCCUCUCUCCCGGAAAAGCCCCAAGUGUCCUGGUUUCUCUCCAAGGACACUGAGAGAAAACAUCGCCACUUACAGGAAAAUGAAAACGUAUUUUAUCGUUGCAAGAUGCUGAGAGAGAUUUGGGUCCAGGAGAGUAAAUUUUCAUGGUCUGAAGGAGUUCACUUUGGCCAGGCAUGCAGGAUUCGGAUGUAGAAGCCGCCGUGAGCAGGGCUUGCGCCCGUCCCUCGUCGCUCUCCUCUUCGAAGACUCCAAAACAGCACAGCUGGGCUCCUUCCUCUCGGGUCAUGCACGUUUGGAACUGGCCCUGAAGCAGCAGCAGCCUCCCUUCCCCGCGUGGCGUCGCGUCCCAGUCCCUCCUCCGCAGCAGUAGCACCAUCGACUUCUCAGCCAUGGGUCAGACUUCGUCUGCAUCCUCUCAUUCCGAGGCUCAUGAUUUGGCCUCCAGCAUUGACACAUGUCCUAAGAAUCUCAAGAUGGAAAGCAAAAUCGUCUCUGAGGAAACCGUCACUUUGAUUCAAUCCUACUUGGAGGCAGGAAACCUUCACGGAGCAGUUAUUACAAUAAGUGAGGCUCUCAGAGGCAUCUAUACAGCCCCGCUGAACAUUGCGGUGGCAGGGGAGACUGGGUCAGGGAAGUCCAGUUUCAUCAAUGCCCUGAGGGGUGUGGGACAUGAAGAGGAAGGAGUAGCCCCCACGGGGAUGGUAGAGACAACCAUGAGCAGAACUCCAUAUGAACACCCAAAAUUUCCCAAUGUGACACUAUGGGACCUGCCUGGCAUUGGGUCCACUGCAUUCCAACCACAAGAUAAUCUGAAGAAAAUAAAGUUUGAGGAAUAUGACUUCUUCAUUAUUGUCUCUUCGGGAUGCUUUAAACAUAGUGAUGCAGAGCUGGCCAAGGCUAUUGCACAAAUGAAUAGGAGCUUCUACUUUGUUCGAACCCACGUAGACGUUGAUAUAAUGUUCCUAAGAAAGAAUUAUCCUAGGAGAAUCAACAGGCAGACAGCUUUAAAACAGAUUCGAAAUAGCAUUUCAAGUGUGCUUCGGGAGGUUACCCAACAGGAGCCGCCCGUCUUCCUGGUCUCUAACUUUGAUGUCUCUGAGUAUGACUUCCCAGAGCUGGAGGCCACCCUCCUGCGGGAGCUCCCGGCCCACAAGCGCCAUGUCUUCAUGCUUACUUUGCCAUCCAUCACCGAGGCCAUCAUAGAUCAGAGGAGAGAUUCCCUAAAGCAGAAGAUCUGGCAGGAAUCCCUGAAGCCUAAGGCCUGGACCGUCUUUCCAUUUAGAGGCUGGACCAACACUGACAUGGAGAAGCUUGAGGAGAGUUUGAAUCUCUACAGAGCUUACUUUGGCCUGGAUGAUGCCUCAUUGGGACGCAUGGCUGAGGAUUUGCACCUCUCGGUGCAGAAGCUCAAGGAGAACAUGAAGUCUCCACAUUUGUUUUCGGUAGAGAAGGACGAGGCCGUAACAGACAAAGUGUUGAAGUGCGCUCAGCAGGUUUACUUUUCAAAGACUUACUAUUUGCAGAAUCACUUCAUUGAUAUUGUGGCAAAUGAUGUUAAAACUCUCCUCAGUGAAGAAGAGCUUUUCACAGAGCAUCAUCUACUGCACCCAGCCAGGGGUCACCCUUGCUCCUCAGGGCCUUCUCCUUCCAUGACUCAGCUUCUGGCCUCCAGCCUCGACACAUUCUUUAAAAACUUCAAGAAGGACAACAAAAUCCUCUCAGAAGAAACCAUCACUCUGAUCGAAAGCCACCUGGAGAAUAAGAAGCUGCAGGGAGCAGCUGCGGUAAUCAACGAUGCCCUGAGAGACAUUGAGAAUGCCCGGCUGAACAUUGCUGUAACCGGGGAGACCGGGGCAGGGAAGUCCAGUUUCAUCAAUGCCCUGAGGGGUGUGGGACCUGAAGAGGAAGGAGCAGCUCCCACGGGGGUGGUGGAGACAACCAGGAAGAGAACGCCAUAUGAACACCCAAAGUUUCCCAGUGUGACCAUAUGGGACCUGCCUGGCAUCGGGUCCACUACUUUCCAGCCGCAAAAUUAUCUAACAGAAAUGAGGUUUGGGGAGUACGACUUCUUCAUUCUCAUCUCUGCUACUCGCUUUAAAGAAGUCGAUGCACAUCUGGCCAAAGCCAUCGCAAAGAUGAAUAUGAAUUUCUACUUUGUCCGAACCAAAGUAGAUAAUGACAUAAGUAAUGAGCAAAGGGGUAAACCUAGGACUUUCGACAGGGAGAAUGUCUUAAAGAAAAUUCGAGACGACAGUUCAAAACAUCUUCAGGCUGCCCUGUCCAGGGAGCCGCCCGUCUUCCUGGUCUCUAACUUUGAUGUCUCUGACUAUGACUUCCCAGAGCUGGAGGCCACCCUCCUGCGGGAGCUCCCGGCCCACAAGCGCCACGUCUUCAUGCUCUCCUUGCACAGUGUCACGGAGGCCGCCAUCGACCGCAAGAGGGACUUCUUGAAGCAAAAAGUGUUUCUGGAGGCCCUGAAGGCUGGAGCCUGGGCCACCCUUCCACUCGGGGGCUUGAUCAGAGACAACGUGGAGAAUCUGGAGAAGACCUUGAAUCUCUACAGGUCUUACUUUGGGCUGGAUGAUGCGUCAUUGAAAAACAUUGCCAAGGAUUUUGAAAUGUCGAUAAAUGAUCUCAAAGCAUACAUUAAGUCACCCCAUUUGCUAAAAGAAGAAAAAGAUAUGCCCUUAGAAGAAAAACUAUUGAACUGGAUUGAGCGCAUUUCCUCAGUUACUGGGGGACCACUGGCCACUGGCCUUUACUUUAGAAAGACUUUCUAUUGGCAAAAUCAUUUCAUUGAUACCGUGGCAAGUGACGCCAAAGCUCUGCUUAAUAAGGAAGAGCUUUUUACAGAGAAGGUGGGAUCACCAGAGCUACCACCACUGACUGUCCUGAAGCAAUGAUGGAACAUUGAGGCGCAAAUGCCAGCGCAUGCCUGUCCUUGGCUGCCAUGGGACACUCACAUAGCUGACUCUUAAGUAGCAGGCAUUUUCUGUGAAGUUAAAGAAAAAAAAAAGGUUAAUUACUUUCACUAUGGAAAAUGUUCAGCUCUUCUAUUGUAGUGGAAGAGCCUUUGACAGUAUAGAAAUGAGUGAGAACAACUCUUUUCCAGUAAUUGUCUUUGUUUCGUUUUUACUUGGCAUACAAUUUGUUUUUCUUGAUUCCCAUGCCCCUCUUCUAUCCCGGAUACCCCUCCGCCAACUUCACCUUCCCCCAGUAUUCAUUAAAUCUUAUGCGCAGAAACACA